AUGCAAUCCUAUUCAUUUAAAUUAUGCUUAGUCAUUUCUGUUACAAAUUAUCCAACUAUUGAUCUAGUAGAAAACAGUCCAUUGAAUACGCUUGUAAUUCAAUUGACAACAUCGUUGAAUAUCACUCGAACAUCGAAAUUGGUUUUAUUGAACAUGAGUGGUUUCGAAUCCGAUGUUUUUACAAUUGUGAAUGGAAGUAUUUACACAACAAACUCAAUUGAUCGAGAAGAAUUUCUUCGAAGGAAAUAUUGCUUAGAUAAUUUGUAUUGUAAAGUCGAAUUACAAAUUCUCGUGGAUAAUGGAUUAGCUUAUUGGGUUAUUCCAAUUCAUGUCGUCGAUGAGAAUGAUAAUAGACCUGAAUUUGCACAAAAAGAAAUCGAGUUGAGAUUUCGGGAAAAUAUUCUUAAUGGACACAAAAUUCCGUUUUCUGGUGCGAAGGAUCUUGAUGAAGGUCGGAACGGUGAAAUUCACUACGUUCUCGAUUGUUCCAAUGAUUUUCAUGUAAAUAAAAGUUUCACCAAUCAAUACAUUCAACCGUCAAUUAAUUGUUUCCCAUUGUUUCAACUGAUCGUACUUUCACAAUCUCCUUCAUCAGUUAAUUAUGAUCGACUAGCAUUAAAAUUCCUUCCUUCAUCAUCUGUUAACAUUGAAAAUGAAUAUAAACUUCGACUCUAUGCCAUCGAUAAUAAUGAAAAUGGUAAACAGUUAGACAGUUCAAUGAAUUUGAUUGUUAAAAUUGAUCGGAAAGAAAAAGCACCAUGGUUUACUCAAUCAGAAUAUGAUUUCGUUGUAACAAUCAAUUCUUCAUCGCGUCACAAUGAAAGCAUUCUCGGUCGUGUUCAUGCCAUAUCAAAUGAUCCGUCACAAGUUAUUCGUUAUAAACUAUUAUCGGAUAGUAGCAAAAUUCGUAUCAAUUCUUUAACAGGUGAAAUCGUUCUCUCAAAUUCCAACUUGACAAAAUUAAAUGACGAAAUCGAAUUCUUUGUCCAGGCAUCGACAUUGUUGAAAGAGAAAGUAACGAAUUUUUUAACUACACGUUCGAAAGUGAAGGUUAUCUUUCGUUCGGCUGAAUUGUUAAAUAAUAUAACUUAUCAUUUUCAAACGAUUUCAUCGUUAAAUCAAAGUAAAAUCCAACGUUUAAACUCGACCAACACAUUUGUUAUCGAUGAACAUGUUCAAAUCAAUGAAGAUCUACUCAAAAUAUCUCUCAUUUCAAAUCCUUAUCGUUCUGAUAAAUAUAUUCUUUCAUUAGAUAAUUAUCUUUCAACAUUUUCACUGAUUUCAACUACACCAUUGAAUACUUAUAUUUUACGAACUCGUCGACGUCUGACACCCAAAGCAAUUUACAUGUUGAAUAUUGGAGUGAAACAUAAAUUAUCUCAACAAUGGUUGCCAAAUUUAAGAAUAGAAUUUAUUGUGAUCGAACAAUGGUCAACCACAACGAUGACAACGAGAACAUCAUCAACGAAAUCUCGAGUUAUAAUAACAAAUACAACAGUUUAUGCGGAACCAAUCGGCUUUUGUAUUGAGAAUAAGAAUUAUGUGUUACAUGAAAAUCAUGAUGAGAAGAUUGGAUUUUUAAAAGUAAUCGAAACCAAUGUUCAUCUUAGUCAAAAUCGAAGUUUAUCAUCGAAUUCAUUUCUCUUGAUCAAUUCAAGUGAAAUAACGAUCGAUGGAUGUCGAAUGCAUAUGGAUCGUCUAGAGAGUUCGUUAAACAAAUCUUUACGAUAUCAAUUAUGCUCAUUAACAGACGAUACUGAUUGUUAUAAUAUUUCAUUUACCGAAGAGAUGGAUUUAGAAUCGAAAUCAGAUGAAAAACAUAAUCUUCGAAGUUGGUUUUUACCGAUGAAACCAAUUGAAAUCGUUAUGUUUGUACUGUCCAUGGUAUUCGUUCUCAUAACAAUCGUGCUGAUUAUCCUGAUCUGUCGAUUGAAAGGUGUGCAUAUUUGUUUAGCAAUAAAAAAUUAUUUGUUUUACGGAAAGAAAUAUGGACUGAACAAUAAUUCGCAUGUAACUGUGUCACCUUCAAAAAUGACUCAACAAGUUCAUUCAAUUGUUAUUCGAGAAUCUCAUUCAUCUGCACUUCAACCAAUUCACAUUCAAAAAAAUGAUAUUUCUGAACCAUAUAUCUAUAAUAUUGAUCAUCUACUUGAUCGUGAACCACUUCCUUCAACAAAUAUGUUUACACUUCCGUCUCCUGCUCAGAUGUCAUCAUCAUCAUCAUCGUUGACUUGUUCGCUUCAACGCGAAGGUCGAACGAGAUUAACAAUGGACAAUCGACCGAGUACAACUCCUCGAACAUCUUCGUCAUCGUCAUUUCUUCAAGAAACAAAACAACUUCUUGAAAUGAUUUCUUCGAACUCAAAUCUGGAUUCAUCGCGAUUGGCAUCCGAUGUGUGA